AUGGCCCGGGCCGAGAGAGCUUGGGCAGCGUCGGCCGGCGCCGCGAUCUUCUGGCUCUCGAAGCUGGCGGGCGAGUUCGGCAGGGUGAUGAUCAACCGUCGCUUCUGGCCAACGAACCUCGUUCGGCGCAUGGGGGUAAUUCCAUUGCAAUGCCACGCGUGCUACCGCAUGCCUAUUCACGUGGAGUAUGGCAGCAGUCGGCGCGUGCGCUGGCGGGCAUAUGAAUGGCGCACCGUGCGCGUGGCUUGCCAGGGGGCCAAGCCAGACAAGUCCAAUCCCAAGGAAGAGAUGACGUUUCCUCAGCUGGGCGGGGCCGACCCGGAAUGGCAGGCUCUGGCGGCCGCCCCCGAGCCGCCGCCGGGCGCCCCGGCGUCGAGGGCGGCGGCGGGCGCGGCGCCGCCGUGGCCGGCAGCGAUCGACCCGAACGCGGCGCAGAGCCACCGCCGGAAGGUCGAGCUGGAGCAGCCCGACGACAUCGUGGAGGACGUGGGGCAGCAGGCUCGAGAGCAGGGGGCGCAGAGGCGCCGCGAGACCCCCUCGUCACACGUAAAGAGGGCGGCGACGGAGAACCAGCCAGAGCGCAGAGACCAGGCGGAAGAGGCCACGCGACUGCUGCAACAGAUCGCGUGGAAGCAGAACCAGCAGGGGGCCUCUCUCAACCGGCUGUUCGCGGCAGUAUCAGGACAGAUGGAGGCGGUGGCCACGCCCCAGUCGAAAGUGCAGUCGUUGGCGAGGAAGGCAGCGCAGGCAGCAGAGCCAAUCCCAUGGGCGAGCGCGAAGGGCGCGAAGCCAGGAGAAGAGGCCAUGCCGACCCAGCCGGUCAGGGAGAAGAGCGGAGCCGAUCGCCGCGACAUCGCGACGCCGCCGACG